GAGAAUUUCAGUUCUCUUGUGUUAAAUCUUUCUCACAUUCAGUUUUAUCAACGGUCCUCGGUUUCACCUGACCUCACUUUUUCCUCUGAAACCGGAACGAGCACUGAAACAUCACUGCACAAUUUUGGUCACUCUCUUUCACCGACGCGAAAGAAAGAUGGUGACACCCAUCAAGCUUGAUGCGUCAAGCUCAAGGGGGGCCGGGGCCUUCUUUUCCUCGCCUCCGAUGAUCGCGAAGAGUGUUUAUUCAUUCCGAUCUCCAAAACCGGUCAAAACCAGCAACAUCCGUGUCAUCACUCGAAUUCGUCCGCUUCUUGACGGCGAAGUAGCACUUGGCAAAGCUCCACAAAUUGUUCCCAUCGAUUCAUUAGAUAAUCAACCGCAACAAAUCCAGUCAACGCAGUUUGAUCCGCACAAUAGCAACUUCAGAUCUCCUUUAUUCCCACAAAAUGGGAGCCUCAUUCCUCCUCCUCUUUCUUCUUCUUCCGCCAAAACCUCCUUUUCUCUUCUUCCUCCAAAGUCUUCGUCUCGUCUAAGUCCCCUAAAAACUAGAAAACAAACCUCCAUUGUCUCAACUUCACUGCUAGCAACAGUCGGUCCUAACUCGCAAAAGCAGUUCAACUUUGAUGCUGUCCUUGGGAUGCAGGCUACGCAACAACAAGUCUAUGCCACUGCGGUUGGCGACAAAAUCUCGACGAACAUAUUCAAUGGAAUCAACGUUACAAUCAUGGCAUAUGGACAAACUGCUUCGGGCAAAUCCCACACCAUGCAGGGCCUUCACGACCAGAACAAUGGAAUCACAGGAACAACGUCCUUUGACAGCGACUCGGAAAAUAUCAGCCCAGAUGACAACGGUCUCAACUUCAAUGUGGCCGAGAACGAAGGAAUCAUUCCCCGUGCACUUCACGAUCUAUUCAAGGGGAAGAAUGACUAUCAAUCCUCAGGCAAGGGUAAUGUCACGAUUGAUCUGGUAUUUUAUGAACUCUACAAUGAUGGAAUUCGAGACUUGAUGACGAGUGAUGAUGACUACAAAAGCCUGGCUUUGCUUGACCAGGGCGAAGUAGGGGUGUUCAUUGAAGGGCUGACAACAACACCCAUUCAUUCGGUUAGACAGGCCCAUGCACUCAUGACGUAUGCUGCACAACGUCGGGUCACUGCUUCUACAAUGAAGAACGUGCAGUCCAGUCGCUCCCAUUCCAUCUGUACCUUGACUGUCAGGUGUACCCCAUUGGCAGGGACGGCUGGAGAGAUCACUCAGGCUUGUUUGACACUCGUUGAUCUCGCGGGAUCGGAACGAAUCAAAAAGACUGGCGUCGUUGGAGUCCAACAACAAGAGAGUAUCACAAUCAACAAGGACUUGUUUGUUUUGGGGAAGGUAGUUAGUGCCUUGGCUGACAAGCAUCGAUCAGCGAGCAAGAAAGGAAAACAGACCCAUGUCCCGUUCCGCGACAGCAAACUCACUCGUCUUCUCAGAGACUCUCUUGGUGGCAACUGCUUUACAGUUUUCAUAUCUUGUGUUUCCCCAGCUGAUAUCGAUAUGGAGGAAUCAAUCAACACACUUCGAUAUGCAGAACGAGCUCGGUCCAUUUCUAAUUCGAUCAAACGGAAUGUAGCCCGAACUUCUCUGUCUCCAAAGCAAUGCGCUGCCAUUACAGCAGAGAAUAUGCGUCUAAAGGCCAUGGUAAUCAAAUUGAAGAAUCGAGUUGCUGCCGACAUCUCAAGAGAAACUGCUCCCGCGCUACUGGACUUGGAUCAAGAGCCACACCUAUGCAGCCCGCCGCCACCAACAAGCCCCCCUUAUCCAACAAAGGAAAUCUUUCGCCCCACUGCACAGCAGUCCGCGAUCUCCCACAAGUCGAAGAAAGGACUCUCGCCUAUAGAAAUCGCAAGGUCAGGAAGCUUCCUAGACAUGGAUGAACAGCACGAACCUCAAAUUUGUAGCCCCUUUGCUCCCAAUGCCCAAAUCUUUCGUCCGCCCUCGCGGUCUUCGACCUCUUCAACAUCUUCCUUUUCCAAAUCGGAAGACCAGAGUCAACAAAGCGAAAUCACAAAGAAUUCGGACAAGCCUGUUUGGAUGCACUUCAAAGAUCUCGCUAAGAUCACACGAAACGUCACUUUCCCCCUGCAGAGCAAUGUUGAGGUGCCAGGAGUUUCCAAUGAAAUCGAACUUAGUGAAAGAUCAAUUGCCACUCAAGCAUCAAAGGAGUCUUCUCAUGGUGGUAUCUCCAGUGGUCGUGUUCUGCAGUUAGGCCCACAAGAUUCUGUGUCAAUUGAAAUGUCGGAAUUGUCGGGACGAGGAUCCAAUUCACCAAUCGUUGAGGAGCGAAAAGGAAACAUCGCUCGACUCAAGGCAGAGACAAAUUCGCUGCAGUCUGCAAUCGCUGACCUCAAAUCGGAGCAAGCCAGAAUGGAAGAAAAACUUCACAUCGCCUCGGAAGAGGCUCGAACAAUGAAAGCGUCGUACCACGAGCUGCAGCAAGAACUAUAUUCGCUAGAGGGCGUAGUGAACAGCAAGAAAAAGGAGCUCGAGGAGCUCAACGAGAAAUCGAAAAUGGAACAACAAUGCGACGCGGCGAGACGCGAUAGCCUUAAGGAGGAGGUUGCUCAUCUCGAUCGCUUCGUGGCACAGCUUGCCAAUGACGUCAAUCAACUUGAUCUUUGCAGCCCCCAACGCAGCUUUUGCCGAAUACUCGAUACAGCCGAAGCGUCGAUUGGUCUUGACGACGCAUCAUGCAACGUGGAGAAUCAAUUGCAGUCAUCCUUGUCUUGCCUCCAGGACAAGUUCAAUCUGCUAGAGAACCAAAUGCAAAGCAGCGAUGAGUUGGAACAGCAGCUUGUACACGCAAACAAGCAAAGGCGUCUCCACGAUCGUGACAAGGCUAUUCUCGGUGCGCAAAUUGCCGGGCUCGAGGACAAAUUGACAAAUGCUACCCAAGAUGCUGACCAAGCCAGGCAGGAAAAGGAAGAAUGCGUUGUUUGUUACGAAGCAAAGAUUGCCAAUUUGGCAAAAACCAUCCAAUCAUUGGAGUCCACACACAGUUUUCUUCAAACCGACUAUGCUAGUGUCACCGCGUCUCUGCAUGAAAAGAUUUCCGAUCUCCAGGAUACCGUAAUCCAAGAAAGGGCACAACGAACUGAGUUCGGGCGGCAAAUGCAAUCAUUGAAGAAGAGCAACGCCGACUUGACGAUUCAUUUGAGCAACAAGGCAGAGCUGCUUGCAACGGAGCAAGCAAUGACAGCAGAGCUUCGAGAUUGUCUCGACAAAGUGGAAUCCGAGAACCGACGUUUGAAGGAAGAACGCGUCACUGCAAUCGCCCAGCCCUCCGAUCCAGAACGAGAGAGUGCGACUCUUGCAAUACUUACAAAGAUUGCCGAAAACGACGAUGUAGAAAAUGCAAGCCCUCAUAGCAACCUGUCUCAAUGUGACUACAUUCGCAUCAAGGCACAGAGGAUGCUUCAACUGGCGGAUGCGGCUAUCGUUGCGAACGACGUCAAGAGCACCUCAACCUGUUCUUCGGCAGCGAGUCAAUUCAGGCCACGAGCCUCAGCUGAAUCUGGAAAGGACGCAGGAACAUCCCAACCAAUGGAUAAGGUUUUGCAACCAGUGUCAUCGGCCAAUUCGGUAGAAAUCACGAACUUGAAUGCUGUCUUCGACAAUACCCGCCAAUGCACAUGCGCUUCGGCCAUGUUUGCGCAAAACGCAGAACAUGUAGAGUUCUACCUCCCAAAGAUCGUCGUCGGUUGUACCUGUGGAAAACAACCGAAAAAGGUUGAGGACGACCGCCUAAAUCCAUGCGCUUUGGAUUCCAUUCUUCGCCCUUGGCAGGUCGCAUUUCUGGCUUCCCAAGGCAUCACAGAUGCAGUUGGUUUGGUCCACGCAGGCAGUCAUCGAGGGAGUGCACUGGCCAAGGAGAUGCGCAAGUGGCGCAGCCAACAAGGGCUGCCGUCCAUCCGAACCGGCUCCUGCAGCGUAGCGCUCCACAUUUGGGAGCGGACCUGUCGCCAAAUCUUAUCUUCCGUUCGAAAACAGAAGGCUCAAGGUGUCCUCGUGCCCAAGAGACCCGAAUUUCUGGAGCUGAAUACAAGCGAGCACGAGAACAACACCGCUGUUUCGUCGUUGGGAGGAGGUCCAUUCCGCACGUCGAGCUAGCACCGCCCUUUGCUGGUACCGGUACACUUGUAGCACUCAUAUAAUCUAUUUGUACUUUGUUUAGGCUACAAUGUUGUGUCAUGCUCCUA